ACUCAAUUGGUAUUAAUCACAAGGGAUAAUCAACAGCAUUGGUUUCAUAACUAUUGUGUGUAGAUGAUGUUUGACUACAAAAAGUUUUUUUGAAUAGCUUGAAGAUGAAUGUGACGUCAAACAUAAUUCUGAAGGAGUUCUGCAAGUAAUGAAUUGCUCCUACUCUAAGACAUGAAACCAGUUUAGACAAAGGCAGCCAACACAUAUUGUGUGAAGAUGCCCAGAGCACCCAUCAGAUGCAACCCCAUGUCUAUCAUUCCUAUCAAAACAUUCAUUCUUCUGAAAUCUACAGUGCUGAUGAUUCUUGUGAUUAUUGUGUUCUGGUCCAUGCCAAGGUCAAGGACAAGAAGCUGGAGCCGAACCAGUAUAGCCGAGACAUACAGAAAUAUUUUGACUGGCCAAAACAAGGAAAACCUGAUAAUUAACAGAAACAGAGAUCUGGCCAGGAGAAGGGUGGAGAUUGAAGUACCAGAAGACACAAGGCAAGAACCUGAAACAUUUCAGCAAGUCAAUAACUACGAGGCCUGGGUGUAUUCAGCCUUUUUUGACAUUGAUGUGGAUGCCCCAGGGCAGGACAUUGUCAAGGUGUUUGGCAUCUCCAGCUACAGCCGUUACAUGGUUUACUGUUACAUUGUUGAGGACGGACUGACAGAGAUUGUGACUGGCAAGAGAGACUUUAUAUCAGACAACCAUCUACAAAAUAAUUCAGCUGUGAUAUUAUUUUGCCCUCUGAAGACAGGCAGCAAGCCCCAAUUUGUUUCCAUUGCCUUCCAAAGAAAAGAGCCUCCCACCAACAAUCUGACCAUUGUCUACCAGAAAAGAAACCAGAGAGAAAUGACCGUCUGCCAUUCUGUGCUAUUCAACAUGACUGACCCUAGCCAGCUUGUCCAGUCCAUUGAGAUGAACAGACUCCUGGGUGCCCAGCACUUCUUCAUCUACAACCACAGUGUCACCCAAAGGGCUGACAGAGCCUUACGCCAUUAUCAGAAGCUGGGGCUGGUCACCGUCAUGAACUGGCCUCUGCCUACACCCUACGUCUGGUAUCAUGGGCAAAAUAUGGCCAUUAAUGACUGCGUGUAUCGGAACAGGGGCUUGUCCACUUUUGUCGCAAUCAUAGAUACAGACGAGGUAGUGGUACCCAAAAAUCACUAUUCCAUGAUCGAGGUUUUACACGCAGUUGACCAUGAGGUAAAAUUAACAGACAAAAUGACAAAGAAACAAACAAUUGUAGGCUCCUAUGUGUUCCAAAGUACCAUCUUCACAAGAAGGCCAACCUUUGAACAAUGGGAGGCAAUCAAAAAGCAAUUCCUCAUCACCCCAGAGGAAGACAGAUUCAUUCAAGAACAAAAUGUCACCUACUUAACGCAACUAGUUCGUAUCUCCACCAGCUCCCUUCCAAUGGUGAGGUCCAAGUCGAUAGUCCGCCCUGAGCAUGUCCUGGUGGCUGGGAUACAUUUCACUCACUUCCAUAGGGGAAAAGCAAAUUUUACACUAGUCAAUAACAAUCUGGCCAUCCUUCACCACUACAAAAACUAUGAGAAGGGAAGAGUACUAGAGCUAACUGCAUUCAGAUUCAAGAAAAAACUACUUACACGUUUAAAAACUGCGUAUAGUUUAAUGAAAUAAUUUUUUUUUUUUUGCAUUCUUAUAACUAGAGAUUUAGC